AUGUCGUACGAAGGCGAGAGUGGCUGGCUUAUUGAGGUGGAUCCGAUGCCCGUGUAUGAGAAAAAGUCUUCCGACGUACAAGGCAACACUCGCAGCACGGGGGCGCUCCACAUGGCCAGCACUUCCACGGGUCUCAGCGAAGAUGGAGACAGUUCGCCGGAUGCUACUGCGCCAUUGGAUGGCAAGAAGAGUAUGCAGGAGUACAUCGCCGAGAUUUCUCAACUCAACAGCGCAAUAGACGAGUUCUCCAAGAUCAUACAGACCCUGGCGCUGUUCAAGUACUACAUAAGGAACCGGAAGGGCAACACUAACCUGGAAGAGCUCCACAAACGCUUCAACUCAUUCUCGGUCAAGUGCGCCAACAAAGUUCGAGUGAUACAGCAGCAUGUGAACACGAUAAAUCGCGACAACCACGACGCUAUGUCGCAUCGAGAGAAGUUGGGAUUCUCGUAUGCGGAUCUCAGGGCAAGGUUCAACAUGCAUGACGCUUCGGUUAACAGGCUUAAAACGCUUAUGGAAACAUAUCAGUCGGUGAUAAAGGAGUACACUGCGGCAGCCAAGAGCAUUGAUGACGCAUCGCAGGCUGCAGCAGUCGCGAACAGCGCACCGGCCGCAGUCACCGUCGCGCAAUCGCUCCCGGAAUGCAACGAAGAGGCGCUGAUUGACGAGCUGAAGUCAAAGUCGAAGGACAUCAUGACGCUCGAAAAGAAUGCCAAGGACCUCAACCAGCUGUUCACGGAGCUUAACAUGACGAUUAAGAAGCGCGGGGAAAACAUAUACAACCUCGAACAGCAGAUACUGCUCUCCGCAGAACAGAUAGACAAGGGCAAGGAGGAUAUGGCGCUUGCUCUCAAAGCCAGAGGCGGACAGGGCAUCUACUGGGUGUGCGUGCUGAUCGCCGCUGCAACGUGCCUUCUGCUCAUACCCUCACACAUCAGAUCGGCCGUAUUUAGGACACAGUAA